CUCAUUUGCUCAAUCCCUCCCAUCUUGCAUCAUAAUAUCCUGCGUUGGACGUUGUAAUGGAUUCACAGGACAUCAGGUACCGUGGCGGAGAUGACAGAGACGCUGCUACCACCGCUAUGGCCGAGACUGACAGGAAACACGCUGAUGACAACAACAAAGGCAUACGCGAUCAAAAGAGGGCCAUGGCCAAACGCGGCCUUAAAUCGCUUACGGUAGCCGUAGCGGCUCCUGUGCUCGUGAUGCUCUUCGAGACGUAUUUCCUUGGCGGCGGCCGCGGCAAUCGUACUCGGUCCUCGUCGUGGAUCCCACCUCCGUGGGUCCUACACGCCACUCGUCUCUUGUCGAGCGGUCUGAUGGGAUUGGCUGCGUGGCUCGUAUGGGUCGACGGUGGAUUCCAUAAGAAGCCCAAUGCUCUGUAUCUUUACUUGGCUCAGUUUAUACUUUGUUUAGUUUGGGGUCCGGCUACGUUCCUGGUCGGGUCAGGAUUAGCCGGACUAGUGGUGUGGUUGGGUCAAUCUGCAGCCUUGUUCGGAUGCUACAAGGCCUUUAAUGAGAUCAGCCCGGUCGCUGGUAAUCUGGUAAAGCUGUGUUUGGCUUUUGCUGCGUUUGUUGCUGCCGUGAAUGUAAAGCUCGCAAUCGCCUGAGAAAGACAAUGGUCUUCUGGGAUUCCAUGUUUGUUGUAGAGUCGUAAUUAAGUGUUUUUACGAGUGUUUUGUGAUAUAUAUUAUAAAUAAAGAUGUCGCUGUGAUCUUAC